AUGUUCAAUCGUUUUAAUAAAUUUCAAGCUGCUCUAGCUUUGGCACUAUACUCUCAAAGCGCAUUGGGUGAAUCUUAUGUCAAUAGCACUUCAUCCAGUGCAAUUGCAUCAACUUCCUCCGAUGCCUUGAGUUCUAUUACUUCCAUCUCUUCAGCUAGCGCAAGUGCCACCGCAUCGGACUCGCUUUCCUCCAGAGACGGUACUGUUUAUUUGCCAUCAACGACUAUCAGCGGAGAUCUUACAGUUACAGGUAAAGUAGUUGCAACCGAAGCCGUUGAAGUUGCUGCCGGUGGUAAAUUGACUUUGCUUGACGGUGAAAAAUACAUGUUCUCAUCCGACCUGAAAGUUCAUGGUGAUUUGAUUGUUGAAAAGUCCAAGACAACAUACGAAGGUACCACCUUCGACGUCUCCGGUGAGACUUUCGAAGUUUUCGGUAACUUUAAUGUCGAAGAAUCCGGUGCCACUUCUGCAUCCGUCUACUCCUUUACUCCGAGCUCUUUUGAAAGCAGUGGUGACAUUUCUUUGAGUCUAUCAAAGACCAAGAAGGGUGAAGUUACCUUCUCCCCUUACUCUAACACCGGUGCCUUCUCUUUCUCUAACGCUAUUCUCAACGGUGGUUCUGUAUCUGGUUUGCAACGUAGAGCCGAAGAUGAAGGGUCUGUUAACAACGGUGAAAUAAACCUGGACAACGGAAGUACUUAUGUCAUCGUCGAACCAGUUUCCGGAAACGGUACCGUCAACAUUGUCUCUGGCAACCUUUACCUACACUACCCGGACACCUUUACUGGCCAAACUGUUGUAUUCAAAGGUGAAAGUAUUCUUGCCGUCGACCCAACAGAAACCAAUGCUACUCCUAUUCCUGUUGUUGGAUACACCGGCAAGAACCAAAUUGUCAUUACCGCUGACAUUACUGCUCUUUCAUACGACGGCACUACAGGUGUUUUAACUGCAACCCAGGGCAACAGACAAUUCUCUUUCGCUAUCGGUACUGGAUUUUCUAGUUCUGGUUUCAGUGUCUCAGAAGGAACUUUUGCAGGCGCUUAUGCUUAUUAUCUAAACUACAAUGGUGUUGUCGCUACUAGUGCCGCAUCUUCAUCUACUUCCACUACCGCUGGUGCAUCAUCUACCAACUCUUCAGUAACUGUCUCAGCCACCAUUUCUAGCUCCGUCAUUUCAUCAUCUAGUAGCUCAAUCUCUGGCUCAGCCAUUUCACCAUCUAGUAGCUUUGUUUCUGGUAUAUCUAACUCCACAACACUCGCUGGUCCAAUCACUUCAUCUACUGGUUCUGCCAGAUCUACCGCUAGCCUCACCUCAGGCUCCGCCUCUGUUUACACUGAAACAUUAACUUACUUAAAUGCCACUAGCACAGUCGUUGUCUCCUGUUCAGAAACAACUGAUGCUAGCGGUAAUAUCCACACUAUUACCACAACUGUCCCAUGUCCAUCUACUACUGCCACCAUCACAUCUUGCGACGAAAACGGAUGCCAUGUUGUAGCACCAACCGCUACCGACGCAACCGCAACCGUUUCUUCCAAGUCGUACACCACCCUUACUGUUACUCACUGUGAUAACAACGCCUGUAGCGUCAGGACCGUAACUUCAGAAGUCCCUGAACAAACUGCAACCACCACUGCCACAACCGUUUCUCCAAAAUCAUACACCACAGUCACUGUUACCCACUGUGACGACAACGGCUGUCACGUUAAGACCAUCACCUCCGAAGCUCCUAAACAAACUUCGUUGACAACAGCCACUUCUGGAACUUUCAGCACAAUUUCCAAAUCUGCUGCUCCAACCUCUCAAACAAUUGCUUCCAGAAUAUCCACUGGUAUCAUCGUACAAUCCGAAGGUAUUGCUGCUGGUUUGAGAACCAAUGCCUUGAGCACUUUGGCCGGUAUCUUCAUUCUUGCUUUUUUUUAG